UAUCGCCGGCGCGAAACAGAUGGGGAAAAAAGCAUCCGCGGAAUCUGAGUACCUUACCGUGUAGAGAAUAAGCGUCAAAACUCAACGUUCACCGAGAAGUUCAGUUCGUCCAAAAGACUUCUGGACAGAGGAUUUGAGGACAUUUUAAGUCUGCUCACGACUGGAAAAGCAGGGUGGGCCAUGCCAUUCGGCUGCUUAAAACCUGGCGAGAAGAAGGACUACAACAGUCCUAUGGAAAUUACAGACAAAUAUGAUCUGGGACAGGUUGUUAAAUCGGAGGAGUUCUGUGAGAUCUUCAGGGCAAAGGACAAGAAUACACUCAAAAUGUACACCUGCAAAAAAUUCCUGAAGAAAGAUGGAAGAAAAGUGCGGAAGGCUGCCAAAAAUGAGAUUAUCAUCUUAAAAAUGGUGAAACACCCCAACAUCCUCCAGCUGGUGGACGUCUAUGAGACCAGGAAGGAGUACUACCUCUUCCUUGAGCUAGCCACAGGUCGAGAAGUGUUUGACUGGAUCCUGGAUCAAGGCUAUUACUCUGAGAGAGACACCAGCAAUGUGAUCAGACAGGUUAUGGAGGCAGUCGCUUACCUGCAUAGCCUGAAGAUUGUUCACAGGAACCUAAAGCUUGAGAAUCUGGUGUACUACAACCGACUGAAACAUUCUAAAAUAGUCAUCAGUGAUUUCCAUCUGGCAAAACUAGAGAAUGGACUCAUCAAGGAGCCCUGUGGAACCCCAGAGUAUCUGGCUCCAGAGGUCGUUGGGAGACAGAGAUAUGGCCGACCUGUGGACUGCUGGGCCCUUGGUGUGAUUAUGUACAUUCUGCUUUCUGGAAAUCCUCCAUUCUACGAUGAAACAGAUGAUGAUGACUAUGAAAACCAUGACAAGAACCUCUUCAGGAAGAUUCUUUCUGGAGACUAUGAGUUUGACUCACCGUACUGGGAUGAAAUUUCAGACUCCGCUAAAAACUUAGUUUCACGUCUGAUGGAGGUAGACCAGGACCAGAGACUGACUGCUCAAGAAGCCAUCAACCAUGAAUGGAUAUCUGGAAAUGCUGCCUCAGACAAGAACAUCAAGGAAAAUGUAUGCGCACAAAUCGAGAAGAACUUUGCUAAAGCUAAGUGGAAGAAAGCUGUACGGGUCACUACCAUGAUGAAGCGUCUCAGGGCACCAGAGCAUCAAACAGCACCAGCAGAAGCAGCAGUGGCCAGGCCAGAUGCAGCCAACUCUGCAGCAGGGGCCCAGAAAUACCCCCAGGUUCCAUUGGAGGCCUCCACAGCCCCAUCGAGUACUGCUGAAAGCCACUCCGCAGGCACAGAGCCCCCUGCUGUGGAUGCUCCUCCUAGUAGCGACCCAGAGGCAGUGGCUGCUGCAGCCCAGCCACCAACUGAGCCCAUUCUGUAUGUCCCAGCUCCUGAACAGCCUGAUCCCACAUUGCGAUGCAACGGAGAGGCAUUAGCCCCACUGCCGCCAGCCACAGACACAGGAGAGGAACAGAGUGAUUAAUUAUGCUAAACCUCCCACCUGCUUUAAGAUCCUGCUGUAGAUAAGCAGCUAUAGCAUGCUAAUACUGUAUCUGCGGCACAUAGCAUUAAUCUUAACACACUCUUUCGCAAGCUACUUUAACAACACUCUGCUACUUUCCAGCAAGCAUUUGUUUUCUAUAAAAUCACAAAGGUGUGUGGCUCUUAUUGGAGGCUUUUAACACUUUGUAAUCUUUGCAUAAAAAGAAAAAACUGUUUUAUGCUUACAUUAAGCCAUGAUUGGGAACUUUAGCACAGAUCUGCAUAUUUGUUUUUGCAUAGAUUGCCAUAGCAAACAUAUCUAAAACUAAUAUUAUCAAAUUAAUAUUCUGUAACUUUUAAUUUAAUUUUAUUAUUUGUUAUUAUUUAUUAUAUGUUAUAUAAUGUAUUUUAUUUUAUUUAUUUUAUUCCAGUUGUUUGUUGACUCGGUUAAUUAGCAUUUUACCAAUCUUGCUGUUUUCCAUCGGCUUAGGGGCCGUUUACACGACAACAUUUUCAACUAAAAAUGGAAAACUUUUUAUGCGUUUUGGCUGUUUGUUUACACGACAGCGGUGUUUUGGGGCCUGAAAACGCAAACUUUUGAAAAUGGGUUUCAAAGUGCAAGUUUUUGAAAACGAUGCCGUUAUCGUCUCCGUGUAAACAUACAAAAACGCGAAUUUGUGAAAACGAUGACGUCAUGCGCACGCGUAUUACAAUGGCGGACUACAGGACUGUGUUUGUGCUGCUCAAGAUUUUGAGUUUAUUGACGCUUCUCCAGCAAAGUGUAGAUUUACUGCAUCACUACUACAAACAGUAUCGCCAUCUUCAUUGUUUGUAUUCACCGCUCUGUGGAAGAAUGUUUAUGUGCGCAGGCACGUAGUGUUUCUUUACAAAGUGACAUCGCCAACUACUGGCCUGGCAUGCAUAAUACAGCGUUUUUAGUCGUUUUUGCGGAUCCAUGUGAACGGGGAUCGUUUUGACAAUGUUGUCAUCUGUAUGCGAAACCUUUCAAAAAUGCAAAGGAAAAACUUUUCAGUUUUUAGUACAUCGUUGUCGUGUAAACGAAGUGGCCAAGUGAUCAGAGAACGAACCGCUUUUCAUUUCCUGUCAGACACUUUGGCUUUUUGUGGUGUAAAAUUUCUGUAAAUAGCUUACUAAUCUUAAACAUAGCCAAGAACAGCAUGCUUUUUCAGAUCUGCUGUAUAUGACAUGCAUGUUCAGGUAACUGAUGACAUUUCAGCUUUACAUAGAAACACUCAUUAAAGGUUGUUGGUUUAAGGGGAUUUAAAUGGAAAAUACGUAUGCAGCAUUCUGCAGGAACUAAGGCGGCUAAAUUCAUCUCAUAAUACAAAUGGAGAUUUAAUGGUUGAGACAUGUGGCCGAAUAAAUGGAGCAGAGUAGGUAAAAGUAACAAAUACCUCACAUCUGCUUGGUAGCUAGCCACAUGAAAAAGUGAUUUGUUCUUAGAAUAUAUUAUAAAAUCAUUUUCUUACGUGGUACAUGUUUUUAAUAAUAUACCUGUCCAUUUUUUAAGUAUAUGUAGAUCCACAUACAUAAUGCUUAGAUUUUCUUUUGAGGCGUCAAUGUACAGUACAUAAAAUACUGUGGCCAUUUUAUGCCAGCUUUGAGACCCUUUUGUUGGGUUUAGUGUAUUUACUAAUUUAGGAUAACUUCAUUUUUUCUUGAAUAUCCCUCUACUGAUGUAUGAUGCAUUUGAUUAUAUUGUGUUCUAAAACAUAAAAUGAGGUAUUAUUACUAUUUAACAGUCUUUUUUUAGUUAAAUAGAGCUUUUCAAACUGCAAAUUGGUAACAGGCAUCAGAUAUUAACUAAUUCAUUCAAAUACAGUAAUUUGUUAUAAUGCAUAUUUAACCAUUUCAUGCCCUCUUAAAAAACUCAGAGGUUAUUCCUUUAAGGCACACAAGGUCAGACUAUGAAAAAUAUCUGCAGAGAUAUUUAUCUGGAAGGUGAAAUAAGAACUAUAUAUUUUCUGCACAAUGAAAGUAUUUCUGCUGCAGUGAAAGUAUUUAUACCAUAACAUAACUCUAACCUAUCCCUUAAUACUAACCCUAAUAACCAAAAACCCUAUCCCUAACCCUAGUAACCCUAUCUCUAUCCUAACCUUAAGCCUAAAAGCCCAAACAAUCCUAUUAUACCCCCAACCCCUACCCCAAACCCAAUAAAUUUGUUUUGACUUGUACAACACAUUUUACAGGAUAACCUCUUUUUUUUUUCUCUCUUAUUUUAUAGAAAUGCCAUAUCCAUCGAAAUGCCUAUGGCCAGAAACAUACUUUAGGCUACACAAAUACACAAACACAGAUGGAAGCAUUUGGUCAACUCGUUUCCAACACGUGGUCCGUUUCAACAUACUUAACACACAUUCUUACCUACAAAAUUACCUUCAACAGUUUGUGCCAUAAAACCAUAUGUUAUUGUUCAGGUAAGUUGCUAUAAAUAUAUUGACUUUAACUAACUUGAUCAGCAAGAUUCUCCUCAAACUGUUGCUCUGUCAUUACAGUAGUUGGCUUGAAAGAGAAAACCAAGGUAGAAGCAGACAGUUCACACUAAUGGGUGUUUUAGUUCCCUCUGCGGCAAUGCUGAAAAUGCAACACAUACUUGUGUUGCGUUAUGAAUUGCGGUCUGACACAUUACAGAAUACUAAGAUGCAUGGAAUCGAGCUCUGCGUUCACAAACUUGCAAAGAGUAUGUUACGGGCCUAUCUCCAAUAGAAAUCUUGUCUUUCGCUGUUUUACUAAAUUUUUAGGUACUUUUUCAUUUAAUUACUGUAUAUGCUUCACUUUAACACAUGGAGUGUUGUUUUUCAUUUUGUGCUGUCACAAUACAUUUCUGAAAGGGUUAAUGUGUUUUUACUAUCUCAUUUUGAUUUUAGCACAGAGACAUGGGAGGUGAUGUGAUAUUACAAUAGCUUAAUCAGCACAAAAAGAAAGGUUGUCCUCUUAAUAUGAGCAAUAGCUAAAACUGUGAUACUGUGAUGCUACUCUCAAUGUCAAUGUCCAUGUUAACUAUCUCAAUCUUUGAUUGGUGUUCUCCAUUGAAAUGGCCCAUUGUCAGAAUUGGUGAUGUCAAAAAGGAAGGGCAUAGAUCAUGUUUACCAUGCCUUUUGAACACCAACUCAACUUCCUGGAUAACCUUUAGAUUUACUUUAAGGGGACAGCUUAAAGAAAUAGUUCAACGACAACAUAAGUUCUUGCUGGAACGAGCUUCUCUCAUAGCACUCGUGAACAUGCAGUGGACAUCAAAAUCUUUAUGUAAAAAAAUUAUGUAAAUCUUGGGUUGUUUCUCAAAAAAUCUGCCUUCAGAAGGCUUGUGAUAUGACACGAGUCGCAUGGGCUAAUUCAAUUACAUUUUUUAGUCAUUUUUUAAGCUUUAAAGUUAAUCACUUUUCACUGCCUCCAAUGGCCAACUCUUCGUAAUUGUUGUGCAGUUUUGUAGUUUUGAACUGAAGAAGGCCUUGAUAUACAAUUAUGCUCUGUCAGAGGUCUAAUGAUUUAAAGAUGCCACAAGGCAUGGUUUGUGAUUGUUUCAACUGCAGUUAGCUUUGGUAUCAUUUUGAUCUCAGAGAUCUUAUGAUUUUUGUGUCAUUGUCAUUUAAUUUCUUUCUUUUUUCAUAUCUCUUUGAUCUUAUAAAAUACAGAAUUUCUCAUACAUGUAUUUGUUCUAAUAUGAGAUUUAUUCUAUGUAAUUUGUUAUUCUGUCUUUACUUUUCACAUUAAACUACUGAAAGCUACUGAAUUAGUAAGGCCUGAAAUAAAAAAUUUAAAAAAUAAAGUCAUAAGCAAUGUUUUAUGUAGGUCUGAAAAUACUGAUUUUUAUAGCAUUCAUGUAUACUGUACUUUAACCACAACUAGAUACUGUGUAAAACAAUUCAAAGCAAUUUUUUAAAUAGUGCUUCACAAUUGCCUUUAGUGUUUGAUGUCUGUUGAUGUCCUCAUUCUCUCAGAUGUUCUUCUCAGUGUGGUUGACUAUGAACCUGUGAAUACACUGAGGACUGGCCUCUCUCCACUUUAACCUCAGCAUUCUUCAACUGACUUUCAUGCUUUUAAGGAAAAUAAACAUCCUGAAUGACCA